CGUCAGUCGUAUAAUGUAUGUUGAUUUUCGUUUUCUGACAACGUUAUUACGUUAAUGCCUUAUCGAGCACCGAAAUUGGAGUAAAUACAUUUAUUUUUGUUAAUUCUGUAAAUUACGUACUUCUUCUGACGAUGCAAUAAUCAUAAUCUAUGAUCGUUAAUUAUUAUUAUUAUAUCUUUAUUACACCGACUCCAUUAACCGUAUCGACAGACUUCCCUCGAUCGACGUGAAAUCACUGCCGCGGUUGAUUCGAACUCCGUACUCGUUGGUGGUUAACCGUGCUUCUGUGUUAUUGGCCACGGUUUUCGUAUUUUGUGUAUCGCCUAUUUAUCACGUGUUCUUAUAGGUAAUUUUAUGUUGCAUUUGGUUUAUAGUCAUGCCUUGGUGUGUUAUAAUUGGCUGUAGCAACAAUUUGAAAUCUACAAAGCAACAUGAAAAAGAUGUGUCAUAUCAUAUUUUUCCAAAAAAUCCUCAACGACGUAAUGCCUGGAUGAAAAGUAUUAAACAACCAUUUAAGUUUAAUGCAGAUUCAUCUUACGUCUGCUCUAAACAUUUUGCUUCUGAUGACUUUGAGUGUAACAGUUUAAAAGAACAAUUGCUUAACAUUAAAGUUAAGAGACAACUUAAAAGAACUGCCAUUCCGUCUAUUAAUAUGUCUAACACUUUGGAAGGAGAAAAAUUUACAAAUGAAGCAGAUAAACCAAAUACAAGUUUGAAAUAUAUUAAUCAAGCAGAUGAGCAAAAAUGUUGUGCUGUUCCCAUUUGCAACAACAGUGAGUCUAGUGGAUCAGAUAAGUCAACUAGCAACAGAGAAAUUGUGUUCCACAAAUUUCCAAGCGAUACUGUAGUGUUAGAGAAAUGGUUGAAUUUCUGUAAUAUUUAUAAAUCAGUUUCAAAUGAACAUAAAAAUGCUCAAAUAUGUUCAGAGCAUUUCGAAAAAGACAGUUAUGAAAACAAAUAUACUGAUAAGUCAUUGCAUCCAAUAAAAGUAUUGAAAAAAGAUGCAGUACCAACAUUAGAUGGUGGAAUUAAAACUACAGACUUUAAAAGUAGUGAAGACGAGUUAUCUAAAAGAGAACGUAAAAAACUUGUGGAUAAAUUGUUAGCAGAUUAUGAGGAACAACAAAAAAAUGAAAAGGGUCAUCUGAAUGGCAUGGUAACAAAGUACUCUGGUUUUUUUUCUCCAAAAAUUAAUCCAAAUGCUAAACUUGGUGAUAAAUUAAAAUUAUUAAAAUCAAUGGAUAAUCCAAUAACCUAUCCUCCUUCUAAAAAAAGGAAAAUAUCUACAACACCAAAGUUCAAUACAGAACAUUUAGAUUCACCAUGUAUUAACAAAUUAACACAAAAAAUGAAUCAAAUGAUUCAAGUAACAGCUGUUAAAGGUGGACUUAUGUUGCAUGCUCUACCGCAAACAGCUAAUAAUGUGUUGAGUCCUCAUUUAGAAAAAACUGUUAUUGAUGACGAAGAAGAAAUCAUCAUUGUAACAGAAGAUGAAGCUAGCCUUAUAGAUCUAACUUCAUACGAAGAAGAAGAUAAAGGAAAUAACACUGAAGUGAUUAUAGUUACAGACUCAAAAGAAACCGAAAACACCCUUAACCGCGUAAAAAGUAUGCCAAAAAAGUGUAUAUCCAAUAACAUUUAUGAUAGCAAUAAUAAGUGUUAUGUACAAAAAUCAUUGAAAAAUUAUGAAAGUCUAUUUACACCUUCAAAUACGGAUAAAGUUCCAUUAAGUGAAGAUAAGGGAUGUCAAGUAACAUUUCCAUGCUAUGGUUGUGAAAAUAGAAGUCUUAAGAUCAAUAAACUUUUGAGAGAGAGAACGAGGAUAUUGAAAGAUAAUAGUGCAUGGAAGGAUCCAGAUGAAAUAAAUACCUUGAGAAGGAUGAGUGGUGUCUUGUCCUUAUUAUUGUUACAGUGUGUUGGUGAAAAAAAUGGUAAAAAGUCUCCAUCUAUACGCGUGGAUUUAGUGCAAGAUUCUAUUGAGAGAAUAAACCGUGGAUGGUCAAUCCAAGAUACAUCGGAAACCUUAUGUCAAGCCUUGAGUGUUAAUGCUUAUGAUGAAUUUGCAAGAACGUUUGAAGUGAUUAAUGAAAUAUAAUGUAAAAUGUAUCUCAUGAUAAAUUGAUCUUUAACUUUCAUUUACUCUACGUAUAGUGUUCACUAGACAAGUUAAUUAUUUGAUUAGUUUGCAUUACAAAUCUUAAAAUGAUAUUUUAUUGCAGGGUAAUAAAUAUAUUUAUGAUAAUUUAUACAAUUAAUUUCCUAUUAAAUAAGUUAUUUUACAUUACUGAAGUAUGCAAACUAAAGUGACAAAGAGAAUUUAAUAGUUUAUGUAAUUUUUAUAAAAAUUAUGUUUCAUUAUUUAUAAGUGUUAACUAUUGUAUUAAAU